ACGCGUGAGUUCAGUCCUGACUCUAUGCCUAGAGCGACGAAGGUUCUUCCUGUUUAUGGAGUGGUUUACAAGAUACACAGCCGAGGCAUCAGCGGAAUGGAUUACCGGUAGAGAAUCUGCUCUGGAUUUCAUGUGGAUAGAACAUCACUGAAGAUCAGAAGUAAUAAGUCAUAUUGGAAGCAUCCCACAGAACACUCUAACUGAUUAAAGCUCUGACUGUUUACAGCUGGACUCCGACAGGCAGAAAUUCUACAAGUGCAGCUUUUUCUGGCAUGCAGAAAUAGUGACUGAAGAAACUGCAUAUAUUUGACUGUUGCUUCAGAGCACAAUUGUUAAAAGCAUUGGACUCUGCUGGGAAUCUAAAUACUUCCAGUUAGCUGAUCAGGUUAAAAUAAUGUUACUGCAAUAGAAGAAGAGCUUUCCUCAAAUAUGGAAGAAGAUAUUAAACCUCUCCUGGUCCCGGUGGGAGGCGAUGAAGAUGAUGUUGGAAUCCUCAAUAUUCAGUUUAACCCAGAAGACUUUAAGUGCAAAAGGCCUUUCCAUGUGGAGCCCACAAACAUCGUACACAUGAACGAUGAUGCACAGAGAGUUUCCGAAGAAGCUUCCGCAAUGAAUAAGCGGAUUCACUACUAUAGUAGGCUCUCUUCACCUUCAGACAGAGCACUGGUGGCUCCUGAUCACGUAGUUCCUAAUCCUGAAGAAAUCUACGUGUACAGUCCUUCAGGGACUGCUUUCAAAAUAGAUGGCUGUACUGACGGUUAUGGCAAAAACUCAAGCUUGGUAACCAUUUUCAUGAUCUGGAACACAAUGAUGGGUACAUCUAUACUAAGUAUUCCCUGGGGAAUAAAACAGGCAGGAUUUACUACUGGGAUUGUUGUUAUUUUACUAAUGGGCCUCUUGACCCUUUACUGCUGCUACAGAGUUCUGAAAUCAAGGACAACAAUACCUUCAACAGAUACUUCAGCCUGGGAAUUCCCAGAUGUUUGCCAGUAUUACUUUGGAUCCUUCGGUCAAUGGUCCAGUCUUUUAUUUUCAUUAGUGUCUCUUAUUGGAGCCAUGGUGGUUUACUGGGUGCUCAUGUCCAAUUUCCUCUUCAACACAGGAAACUUCAUCUAUAAUUACAUCCAUCAUGUUAAUGUUACAGAUAUUAUUCCUGGUACAAAUGGGAGUAAUAAAGUAAUUUGUCCAAGCGACAAUGGCCAUGAAGCACCAGGAAACAAAACAUUGGCGUUUCUUUCGACCAGAGAACAAGACUUUGAGGCAUUUGAAACAUGGUGGAACAAGUCGAGAACUGUCCCGCUAUACUUGAUUGCCAUUCUUCUGCCUCUGUUGAAUUUUAAGUCUCCAUCUUUUUUUGCCAAAUUUAACAUCUUAGGUACUGUUUCAGUUAUCUAUCUCAUUUUUCUUGUUACUCUGAAAGCUGCACGUUUGGGAUUUCAUUUACAAUUCAACUGGAUUGAAGAAAGCACAUAUUUUGUGCCAGAAUUCAGGAUUCUGUUUCCUCAGCUUACAGGAGUGCUGACUCUGGCUUUCUUUAUUCAUAAUUGUGUCAUAACGCUGCUUAAGAACAACAAGAAUCAGGAAAAUAAUGUGAGAGACCUUUCCAUCGCAUAUUUCCUGGUGGGUUUGACAUACCUCUAUGUUGGGGUGUUAAUCUUUGCUGCUUUUCCAUCUCCACCAUUAUCCAAAGAAUGCAUAGAACAGAAUUUUUUAGACAAUUUCCCCAGUGAUGACAUAACAUCAUUUUUUGGACGAAUAUUCCUGCUGUUCCAGAUGGUUACUGUGUACCCACUGCUUGGUUACUUGGCACGAGUUCAACUUUUAGGACAUGUAUUUGGGAAUGUUUACCCAAGUAUUUUCCAUGUGUUGGUUUUGAACAUUGCAGUUGUAGGUGUUGGUGUCGCCAUGGCCAUGUUUUAUCCUAACAUAGGCGGAAUCAUAAGGUAUUCUGGAGCAACAUGUGGCCUGGCCUUUGUGUUCGUUUAUCCGUCCCUCAUCCAUGUUAUCUCUCUGCGUCGGGAAGGGCAACUGACAUGGUUGACAUUGGCUGUUCACAUCUUGAUUAUCCUCCUUGGAGUGGCUAACCUGAUUGCACAGUUUCUAAUGUGAACGUGGAGCGAGUUAUGGAUCAGUUUUUCUUUCUUGGGAGUUUUCUUUCUUGAGAGGUAGAAGUUACUUCGAGCAACAGGAUUCAAGAAGCUGGAGGGCUGCCUCUCUAUGGCAGUGAGCUUUUUCCCCACAAAGGAAAACUGUGCUUAAAAAAAAAAGGAAACAGACAAUGUACUUAAGGAUCAGCUUCACCAUGGCAGACAUAACAGUUCUUAUUGAAGUGACAAUCCUAGAACUUCCUUGCAUAUUGUCUGUCUCUGAAAGGACUCCACCGCCAGAGGCCUUGUUAGUUUGGACAGACCUUGGACAACUAGUGUAGUGCUUUGGGAGUGAACAUGUGACACUGUUUUAUUAUUCCAGUUAGAAGAUAGUCAAGAGCCUAGCUUUAAACUGUAUGUGUAUGCGUGAAUGCACAUGUUGGCUCCUUGUUUGCUUGUUGCAACACAACAACGUUCCUGCCUAUCCCCUGUGUGUUCCUCUAGGUCUGGAUAUCUCAAUCUGGAAACCCCCCAAAUUGGGCAACUGUGCUUGUCACUGUUUAUCUACGUAUCAUGUUUAAACAUAACAUGUCCAGGCAUACAUGGAUGGACAUCAGUUACAGAGCAGUGAACAUUUUAGGGGGCCUUAUUCACCCAUACUGCUGCAUUGCAUCCAAGAUUUCAUGUUCUAAUGGCACCUUCUCUGCUGGUCUGUGUUCAAGAGGCCAUUGUUCCUCUCUAGGAUUUUACCCUGUUGCUGCGCAGUUUUAUUUCUCACUGCUUCUCCAUUCUCCAUACAGCCUUUGGAAUUGAUGCUGCAGGUAUUAUGCGAGGUAUUCGGUUGAUGAAAGCACAGCCUUGUACAAUUUCUGCACUAAUUCAGGAUUGCUUUGCAGGCCCAGCAAAUGAAAACACUGUCUUUGUACCAUGUGAGUCAGAACUGUGGGGAGCUGUAAACAGAAGAAAAAAAAUAAAUUGGUGCUAUUUUAUUUUGUAAA